UGCGUGUAUACGGGCACAUAGAGAAGGAUAACCCACAACUUUAUGGCUACAGCGACUCAACUAGCUGAAAGAGUCGGGAAUGCUUUUGUGAAAGGCAGGUGAACUCUGCGCUCCCAGGAGGAUUACAGCAGGACAUGCUUCCAGCCACUGGACAGCUUCACUUCACUUGCAGCGUCAUGGGAGAUCUUAUUGGCUCGGGGGAGGCUGAGCAUUACUGCUGACAACAAACAUACAGUCAGUAGUAGCCUCAACGUGAGAUUAUGAAAGUCUACUUCGUGGAACCUGUUUGCUUUGAACUAAACGGGAAUACAGGAUAGUGGUGAGAGGAGCUUGAUCGAUUUGUCCAUACAAAGGUCUUUUGUCCCAGCCGGCAUUAGAGUUGGAAUAGGAGACACUUGGAUAACUGAAGGUGGGGACCUUUGGUACGUUUUGAAUGGACACUUUGCCAGAGCUACCUGUUUUGGUCUUCCUCUCUUUACUCUCAGUUGGUGUGGCUCUUUGAGCAGAAAAUGGACAGUUUGAGUAAAGACUCAGAGGGACCGGGGAAGCAGCCCACUAAUUCCCUCUUGAAUGUCUUCAGCAGUUUCUUCAGCCGAGAAAGACAGGCAACCCCGGACGGCGAGUCGCCCGUGCUGACAUCUUUCAAGGAGCUGUCAGAUGAGGACAAUAGUCUACCCGAAGGCGGUCAGACUACUAAAGGUGAUGACAAUCUCCAAGCGGAGGAAGGUGUGCAUCAGGAUGAUGUGAGCGCUUCCUGUGAUACGGGGCAGAGUGCUGAAUCAUUGGAAACCGGCAAGGGGUCUGGCGGUAAAACUGAAGUUGGAGCCUUGGUUCAUCUAGAUCUGGUCCAGGUCACUCGGGUGGAAACGUAUACUGACGAUGAGGAAAAUGAGGACGAGGAGGCGGCCCACAGCAGCACUAGUCUGUCGAAGCCCACCCUACCUGAGGAGGAGGAGGAUAAUAAUACAGUGGAGCAUGGUGAUGCUGAAGAUGAGGCCGAGUAUCAAGUGCCUGUGUUCAGAACACACACAUUUACGGAGAGAUCCCGCAUAGAAGAUAUUCUAUAUUCAGAUAGUUUUGUCAGCAGAUCUAAUUCCAGUACAUUUUUGGCCUCUUUAGUGUCCAAACAGGCAGAUGGCGGCAGCAGUCUCGAGGAGAGCACCGCCACCGCGUCUUUGGAUGUAGAAACAUCUGGAGCUGGAGAGAAUAGUAAAGAUGAUGUAGGAACAGAUAAAGAUGAAGAGUGGGCUGGAAUAGAUGGUGCUCUGCCUGUGUCUUCCAUCAUCUCCCAACACCUGCAUUUGGAGGCCUCUGAUCGUAAUGCUGCCACCGCCUCUCCUCUAAAGGAGAAUGUAGAUGAGACGCAUGAGCUAAGGGUUGACGCUGAGGAGGGCGCUAAGGAACCUCCCUCCAGCCCUUCACAGAGGCCAACUUCUCCAAAGACACCAGAACAAGACACGCCACCUCCAACUUCAUCCAGUGCCUCCUCAUCCCCAUCAAGGGGCACAGCGUUCUCCUCCCCCCCUUCCUUCCAGAUGCCGGCUCUCUUCAGUGGAUUGCGGGUGCUGAAGAAAGGAGCGUCUGGGAAUGACAGGGAGACCGUGUCAGAGAUCAAGCAGAACGAAAAGGAUGCUGACCUGGCCCUGCUCAGCCUGAAGAAGACGGUACACAAAGCCAAGCUCAUCCCCGAUCAGAAGACGGCCACCUCUCCAGCCAAAAAAACGGCAGAGCCUAAACCUAUUGCGGAAACUAAAAGCAGUGUAAUGGGACAUCUCAGUCAGCUGCUCAACCUAGAGAACCAAGAUGAGACCAAAAGGUCAGAUGUCGGGCAGGAUGGUGAUCCUGAAAACCGUGGAAAAGAGUCUGAGAUUGGAGAAGAGGUUCUUCUAAGCCCAGAAACCCCCACAACCCCAUUGGAGAGAAAGAAAACCUCAGACUUGGCCUAUGAAACCUUCAGGAACAUCUUCGGCCCCAAAACUGUCAAAAAGGAAAAAGCAGAAGUCGUGGAUCUGGAGGCAGUGAAAAGGAAAAUCAAGAAUGACAAGGAAAAUCUGAGAGCUAUUCUUGAGAGAUCCUCCAAAUCCCCCGGAAAGGAACUUACCAGUCCCACAGAAGUUAAUACUGAGCUCACGACCCCGACUGACAGUGAGGACCGGACCCCGGGGCGUCUUCAGGCUGUGUGGCCACCACCCAAACCCAAAGAUGAGGAAGAGAAGGUGGGGCUCAAAUACACCGAGGCAGAGCACCAGGCUGCCCUCUUGCAGCUCAAGAGGGAGUGUAAGGAAGAUCUGGAGAGGAUGCAUUCUGAUUUUGAGCUGCAAAUCUUCCAACUGCGAGGUGAGCACGCCGUCUCAGUGUCGCACCUGGAUGGACUCAUUGCUAAGAUGCAGAGAGACGAGGGGUACAAUGCCGGUCAGGAGCGUGGCGAGCUCCGCGACGUUGCCGUGUCCACGUCGGACGACCUGACGCACAAGACCUUCCGCACCGUGAGUAUCCAGACGGACAAGGAGACCUUCGUGAGGAGCCCCGAGGGCGGCGGCGGCGGGCCCGCUCAGAGCCCCGUCCAGAACGUGCCAAAGAAACUCAACCUGGACUCCAGCGGACUAAAUCUAAAAGCGGGCCCUUCUGGACCACCGCCACCUCCUCCCCCUCCCCCACCAGGCCUCUUCGGACCUCCUCCUCCUCCCCCUUUGCCAGGCACCACAGGAGCACCGCCGCCACCACCACCACCUCCACCUCCUCCCCCACCAGGCCUCUUCGGACCUCCCCCUCCUCCCCCUUUGCCUGGCAACAGGGGAGCACCGCCACCACCCCCUCCACCACCUCCACUCCCUGGUGGUGGUCCACCACCCCCGCCACCCUUUCCUGGCCUACCUGGAUCUGGUCCACCUCCUCCUCCUCCUCCUCCAGGUGGAGGCCCGCCACCUCCUCCCAAUAUGGGGGGCUUCAGUUUCGUCCAGAAGGUGGAGAAGGCCCCACGGAAAGUAGCCAUUGAGCCGGCCUGUCCCAUGAAGCCUCUGUACUGGACCAGGAUACAGAUACAGGACGACAACAACAACACCCUGUGGGGUUCUCUGGAGGAACCGAACAUUGUCGGCACCAAUGAGUUUGAGGACCUGUUCUCCAAGGCCACGCUGCAGACGAAGAAGAAGCCCCUGUCCGACACCUUUGAGAAGAAAGCCAAAGCGAAGCAGUUCAUCAAGCUGCUGGAUGCGAAGCGUUCACAAGCAGUCGGUAUCCUCCUGUCGAGCCUGCAUUUGGAGAUGAAGGACAUUCAGCAAGCUGUUCUCACUGUGGACAACUCUGUGGUGGACUUGGAGACCAUUGAGGCGUUAUAUGAAAAUAGGGCCACCAGUGACGAAAUGGCCAAGAUAACCAAACAUUAUGAGACUUCUAAAGGGGACGAAGUCAAACUGCUGGACAAGCCGGAGCAGUUUCUCUAUGAGCUCUCCCAGAUCCCCGACUUCGCGGGCCGAGCCCACUGCAUCAUCUUCCAGUCAGUGUUCCUCGAUACCAUCUCCUCCAUCCGUCGGAAGGUGGAGAUCGUCUCGAAUGUCAGCAAAGAGUUGUUCGAGUCUAGUAGCUUGCGGGAUGUAAUGGGUCUUGUUCUGGCCUUUGGGAACUAUAUGAACGGUGGGAACAGGACGAGAGGUCAGGCUGAUGGCUUCGGACUGGAGAUCCUCCCCAAACUAAAGGACGUCAAGAGCAGGGACAAUCGUAUGAACCUCAUGGAUUAUGUGGUUUUAUACUACUUGCGCAAUUUUGACGAGCAUGCCGGCACAGAGAAGAGUGUGUUCCCUAUGCCGGAGCCUCAGGAUUUCUUCCAGGCUGGUCAGGUUAAUUUUGAAGACCUCGCUAAAGACAUCCGGAAGCUGAAGAAGGAUCUGACUGUCUGUGAGAAGGACGUGCAGAAGGUGUGUGCUAACCCGUCACAGGAAUACCUCCAGCCCUUCAAGGAGAAGAUGGAAGGAUUUAUCUCCACUGCUCAAAAGGAGCAUUCAGCUGAAGAGGAUCGACUCAGUGAAGCACAGAGAAGUUUCCAGGACACGGUGAACUACCUUGGGGUCAAGCCAAAGUCCGGGGAGAAAGAAGUGUCGACGAAUCUCAUUUUUAUGAUUUGGUACGAGUUCUGCAACGACUUCAAGAACACCUGGAUACGACAGAACAAGAAGAUCUCCAAAGAGAGGUUGAAGGAGGCUCAAGAAAACAUCAAGAAGAUCACAGCGGAGAAGAGAGUCGAAACCAAGAAGAUCAAUGCCAACAGUCUGAAGGAGAGGCUGCGGCAGAAGGAAGCCGGCCUGCCUUCCAGCUGAGUGACGGAGCGUCGCAGAUCAGAAAGUGUGCGGGCCUCAUCGCUCCUGCUCCUACCACCUGGACUCACAGUAAAACCUCUUACUGCCCCCCCCCCCCCAUCCAGAUUGAAGCGGGCCUGCAGCGAGGCCGCAUGGCCGACGCGGCCGCAGUGAUUGCAGUCUCUGAAGUCAAAGGUUGAUCUCAUUCAUCCGGCGGGGCGCGACCUCUGAGUGCCCAGCUUGUGAAAAGGUCUCAAGGGGUCAGCGGGAUUCACAACAGCUGACUCAUCCAAGAGGUUCCUUCUGGAUCUCUUCGAGAGCUGAGAAUCCCUCUUCUAUCAGAACUGUAGAUGUUAGACAGCAGAGGGAUCAGGCUCCGACGUGUUCUUCAAAGUGUGAAGAAGUUGUGGCCGUUAUGUGAUGAGAGACGGCAGCCUGAGGAGGAAAAUCCCUGUUCACUAAACUAAUCUCUCUGGAAGUAGUAAAAACACACAGCGAACAGUUGCUCGUCUUCUCCGCUGCAGCGAAUAUCUUUUCAUUCGCCACGGCUCAUUAAAAGUCUUGCAAAUAUGUCAUGGUGCAGGACCGGCGAGGAGAAGUAUGAUGGAUGAUGUGCGGCCGGGCGCCGCGUGCAGAUGGAGACGUGUUGUGUAUACUAAGCGUGUGCGUGGAGGUUUCCCUGUGUUGUGUAGCACUGCACCAGACUGACCUCUCCUGGGUGACAACGGCCAGAGAAGGGCAGGACCUGGAAGCGAGCCACACACACACACACACACACCUUAAAAUCAUCCAAAAACACAAUUGUGCCGUGCACCCACUGAAGAAUCAAAAAUAAAUGAUAAAUCCCUCUUCACGUUGUCCACUCCGCACGUUGCUGCCGCUAUAAGCCACGCCCCCCUGUUAUGCUCACUGCGUGCUUUUUGGUUUUCCGAUGUCUUGCUCCUUUUUGCACCUCUUUUCCUAUGCAAGAGUUUGGUCCUCAGAAUAUUUAUGAAUUGUAUUGCGUCAUGAUUAAAUCCUACUUGAUUUUUAUUUUUUUCUAAGAAGGUUUAUUAAAGUGUUUUAUUUUCGCUAAUGUAAGAUGUAACCACGCUCCAGAAAUGUCUAUUUAUGUAAAGAUUAAUUUUCUGCCAAAAAAGCCUCCGCUUUGGUCCCUUUUGAGGGUGUAUUUGUAUGAGUUGUAAUUGACUGAGAAGCUACCUGGUAGGUCGGUCAUAUAAAGUAUAUAUUUUCACAUGGAUAUUACGUGCAUGAUGUGGAAAGACUUUUAGGUUUUGGAGAGAUGAGGGUUGUAUUUUGGGUUUUUAGAACAUUUAAGCAUAUCACCUGAAGCCAUGUGAGUUGUUAUACCUCAGACAGACUUCCAUUAUCAGAAUAUACAUCAAACUGCACCUUGAAUUACUUUUUUUUACCCUCCCAAGUCUUCACAUGUGCCAUUUAUUUUGUAAAACCUAGAAUCUAUAGUAAUUUUAUCAACUGUUUUACUUCCGAGGGUUUGAAAAGCAAAAGAAGAGCAGAUACUGGCCGAGGAACUGCUGUAUAGCCUCGUAUGUACGGUUCAUAACCCUCAGUAGCUCUCAUAUAGGUGCUCUGUCAUUUUAUGGAAUUGUUUUAAAUUUCAAGAAUAAACUACUGGAUGCUGAACAAAUAUCUCCAAAUGUUCUUCUGUCA